UCUGCCCAGGCGGGCACAUUUCGCUUGGUGCCUGAAGAGGAACAGGAACUCCGUUCCCAACUGGAGCGGCUUACAACCAAAGACCAUGGGCCUGUCUUUGGCCAAUGCAGCCAGUUGCCCCGCCACACCUUGCAGAAGGCCAAGGACGAGCUGAAUGAGACAGAGGACACUCGGGAGGAGGUGGUGCAGGAGCUGCAGGAACUAGUGCAGACAGAGGCAGCCUCUGGGCAGGAGCUGGCAGUGGCUGUGGCCGAGAGGGUGCAGGGAAAAGACAGUGCUUUCUUCCUGCGUUUCAUCCGCGCACGCAAGUUUGACGUGGGGCGAGCCUACGAGCUGCUCAGAGGCUACGUGAACUUCCGGCUGCAGUACCCAGAGCUCUUCGACAGCCUGUCCCUGGAGGCCAUCCGCUGCACUGUGGAGGCUGGCUACCCUGGUGUCCUCUCCAGUCGGGACAAGUAUGGCCGAGUGGUCCUCCUCUUCAAUAUUGAGAACUGGGACUCUGAAGAAAUCACCUUUGAUGAGAUCUUGCAGGCAUAUUGUUUCAUCCUGGAGAAGCUACUGGAGAAUGAGGAAACUCAAAUCAAUGGCUUCUGCAUCAUCGAGAACUUCAGGGGCUUUACCAUGCAGCAGGCUGCCGGGCUUCGGGCUUCCGAUCUCAGGAAGAUGGUGGACAUGCUCCAGGAUUCCUUCCCAGCCCGGUUCAAAGCCAUUCACUUCAUCUACCAGCCGUGGUACUUCACCACAACCUACAACGUGGUCAAGCCCUUCUUGAAGAGCAAAUUGCUCCAGCGGGUCUUUGUCCAUGGAGAAGACCUCUCCGACUUCUUCCAGGAGUUCGAUGAGGACAUCCUGCCCUCCGACUUUGGGGGCACACAGCCCAAGUAUGACGGCAAGGCUGUUGCCGAGAAGCUCUUUGGUCCCCGGGCCCAAGCCGAGAACACAGCCUUCUGA